AUGGCAUACGGGCGGACCGGUGUGCCCGGCGGAGCGGCGACCACGACUGAGAAGCGACGAGACAGGCGGGGCAAGAUCAUCAACUGUGCCUCGAUCCUGACGACGGAGACCGAGGUGGCCGAGCAAGAGGCCAUUGCACUCGCCAUGCAAAGCGGUCGGAGAGAUGGAGUGUAUAGUGACUCCAAAGCAGCCGCGUCGACGUUUCUGCAGCUUCGCGAGCCCUCACAGCCUCCGGGUCCGCGCCUCCGGGUCCAGGUACAUGCUACCGUGCCGCUGCAGUUUCACAAGCUCUCAUCUCUGGGUCAGCCUGCUGGCGCUGCCAUAUCGCUUCAACUUCGCGAGCCAGUAUCUCUGGAUCCUCAUGUCUGCGUUGCCGUGCUGCUAGCACUCUGUUCGGAACUAGAAUGCCACACCACCUCCUCGAUUACCACGGCAAGCCGGACGGAGAGCCCGGUUGAACCAGUAUCAUCCCCGGACGUUGCACAUGGCAACACUACUGUCUCCCCGCCAGCUACAAGUACUGCAUCAGAACCUGAAGACGCCUUCCAGAAACGCCUGAACAUGCUACUUAAGGAGCAGAAGCUGGUACUUGCACCGGCACCCGAAGGCAAGAGCCGGCGUCGGCGCGCAGUCAUGCAGAAAGCCUCUGAAGUCUGGGCGCUGUUUCGUGGAAGGCACUUCGUCGAUACUGAGCUGCAGAAAAGGCGAGAUCUACCGGACAUGGACGAGUGUGAAGAGACCGUUUACCGGGGAAUCACGUGGCCGGCGACGCCACCGGACAAGUGCACCGAGAUGGACUGCCCCAACUGGAACGUUGGCAUUAUGACGUGGUGCUGCAACUCAAGGGGAUACUGGAAGACUCAGAGCCCGAACACGGCGCAGUGCGUGCAGCCUUCAGUACUGUUGCUAAAGAGUCAGAUCACAGCAAGCUCAAAGCAGAAGUACUUAGCCGACAUCAUCGAGACGGUGAGCGAUUUCGUGGGCAACAACUCGCUCGAGGUCGGCGGCGAUCUGGUGGCCAUCGUCGACCUUCUGGACAUGGGCGUGGCGAGAAGCGACACCGGGGACAACUACCCGGGACGCAUCGCCAGCGCCGCGCAGGCGCUGCGCGUAGGCGGUCUCACGGCCUCCACGGUCGACGCACUGCUCAGCCGCGACAAGCCAUGGAACGAGGUGCCCGCGCAAACGCGCCACAGCUGCGCCACGACUCUAUUGCUGAUCAUGGAUGUCGCCGGAAUAAUCCUCAGUGCUGCCAGCAGCGAACAGAAGAUUCUCGCUUUUAUCAACUUCCAGAUGAACAUAAUCUCAAGCACGACGACACACAUCGCCAACCAGACGAUGCUGCUGCCCGCGCCCGGUAACUCAUCCAACCGAUCGUACAGCACGGCGCAACUUCGCAUCGCACGCAACUCGAGCGGCGCUGAAGAAGAUUCACCAGUUGGCCCCGCUGGCCAAGACGGUGCAGGCGACGUCGUCAUCGUGUUUACCGAGUUCCCGCGGCUCGACAAGCUCCUCCUCGACGACGGGGUGGACAUAGGAGAUCCUAAGCAGGAACUGAACUCUCCGGCCAUCAGCAUCAGAGUGGGCAGUGAGGCGCCGGGCUUGGUGCUGGGCGCGCACGUCGAACUGGCUCUGCCCAUGCUGCACCACGACGCAGAGAACCCCACAUGCGUCUUCUGGGACACUCUCAUCAAUGAAUGGAGCCCUGAUGGAUGCCAGGUUGGGAGACGUAACGGCACCCACGUGGUCUGCUUCUGCCAGCACCUGUCCAACUUCGCCGUGCUUAUGGACCUGCAUGGAGCGUUGCCGAAAGACGAGAGGUCGACCCUGCCCCUGAGGAUCAUUACUUGGACAGGUUGCAGCGCGUCUGUUCUUUGCCUAUGCCUCUGCGUCACUGUGUUCGGCUGCUUCAGGUCCUUACGCAACACUCGUACGUCAAUUCACCUGAACCUUUGUAUCUGUCUUCUGGUAGCGGAAGUUGUCCUCAUGUUCGGCAUUGACCAAACCAAGCACAAGGUAGAGAUUGCCACCAUCUGCAACGAAUUGAUCUACGCUUUUUCGACUCUUGUUGUGCUCGUAGAAGCGGGCUACUUGAAGCCACCUCAAUAUUCAGCAAGAAAGCUUGCCGGUCUUUUUUGUGCGCGAGGCAACCAAAAGCAGCCAUAAGAAGCACAUCUGUACCAAUUUGAUUCACUGUACGAAUGUCCUUGCAUGCGUGCUUCUGUGACCUGGAAUAAUUCAGUCAUUACACCAGCUACGUCAUUUUCUAAAGACUAUAUGUAGUUGCGAUAACUCUUAUUCACCGUGUACUUAUAUAUUCCAUGUAGUCUAUAAUGUUUCGUACACCUGAGGCUUCCAUUCGAAACACAUUUACAUCCACUGCAUGUUCGAGCAAAAAAGUUUUGGCACCUAAUAAUACUUCCUGAAUGCGGCCCAUAUUCGCUUCUUGUGUCAAAUCACAGCUUUGUGGGUCCUUAAGGUUUAGCAGUUGAACAUAUGUUUAUUUUUUUACUCUUGAGAUCAUUAUAUUCUGGUGUGCCAUAGUUUAACGUGUGGCGGAGUCAGUUCAUUGUAUGAGAAUUGGUCGCGUAGAAACGUAAGCACUAGUGCCCGAGUGAACUGACGAGAAUGGUGUUCGCAUGUUGUUUACAAUGCAUACAUGUCAAGUGGUGACAUGGAGCCGAUCGUGCAAUGUACUUUUCCUUCGAUGUACUUGAAUAAAACCUUCUUGAACUCAA